AUGACUUGGCAGGUACAAGCCAAACGCCGUUAUCCUCAUGAGCUACUAAAACCCAAGAUUUUCGCAGGCUGUCACAGGAAACGUCAUACCUGUAUUCCUGCUAUUGCUACUCUUUCGUGGUACAUCACCAUGCUGCCUCUGAUUACUGUACUGACAAUUCGAGGGUCAAAGGACCUGCUCACAGACCUGGCCCGGCGUCGCAGUGAUGACAGAAUUAACCAAAGGCACUGUGAAAUCCUUACUACCCAAGGAGAAACCAACCUGAAAUUUCGCCAGGCUCUGACUGUCACCCACAAUGAAUUGACAUGUGGUCACAUAGAAGAGCUUCUCCAGUUUUUUGAUGGGGUUGUUCGGUGCGAGGAGCCAAACUGUCGCUUGUACUCUUUCAGAGGCGAGUUACAGUGGCAGGGACAGUGUUAUACACUGGACAGUGAACACAUACUGCUCCGGGAAACUGUACUGCGCAACACUGACACUGCAUAUGGCCUUGCAAUUUACACAGGAGCUGACAGUAAGAUUCUCAGGAACACUGGCAGUCUGAAAAUCAAAAAGACACAAGUGGAGAAGAUUCUUAACAAAGUAGUAGGGAUGAUUGUCCUCUCAAUGGUGAUUAUUGCUCUACUCCUGGCUGUGGGAUCUGCACUGUUUGAGCAUUUGGUUUCCCCAAAUAUCGAAGUUCUCUCUGCCAUUGGUGGCAAUUUCCAUGCUGCCUAUUGGGGCUUCCUGAACUUCUGGGGCUAUAUCUUACUACUAAGCCCUGCAAUGCCCAUCGCCCUCUACAUCACGUUUGAACUGAUCCAUGUCUUGCAAUGCUUCCUCAUUGGUUGGGACAUUAUGAUGUACUCGGAAGAGAGCAACAAACCUGCGCAGGCCCAAACAAAGACUUUGACUGAAGAACUGGGUCAAGUGGGCCACCUGCUCACUGAUAAGACUGGAACUCUCACACAGAACCACCUUUUGUUUCGUCAGUGCUGCAUCGCCGGCCAGAUUUACGGAGAUUUGGCACCAAAUUCAAUGCCAUUGGACCUGAGCUGGAACAGCUUUUCAUGCGGUGGGUUUUCCUUCUCCGACCAGCGGCUUGUGGAUCGUUUGCGUAGACAGAGAUGUCCUGAGAGCAGAGAAUUCUUCACUGCCUUGGCACUGUGUCACACUGUCGUGUGUGAGUGGAAUGAUGGGUUUCCUCAGUACCAGGCAGCAUCUCCAGAUGAGCAGGCUCUGGUGUGUGCAGCUCGAGAGCUGGGCUGGGUAUUUCUGUCUCGCACACGAGAUUCCCUUAUGGUGAGCGAGCUGGGAAUCACACGCCAGUACAAACUGCUGGCCCUGCUGGAGUUCACCAGCAAGAGAAGGCGUAUGUCGGUGCUGGUGAGAACACCAGAGGGAGCAAUAAAACUCUAUUGUAAAGGUGCAGAUGCUGUCAUUCUGGCACGUUCGCAUGAAGGCACUCUGCAUGAAGACAGCGUAAAACAUUCACUUGAGGUUUUUGCUCAGAGCUGUCUGCGGACAUUUUGUGUUGCUGUGCGGCUUGUAAGCGAGGCUCAAUGGACGGAGUGGAGUCAUAUUCUCCAGCAGGGUGCCAUGGCAACCACAUGCCAAGACAGUCUAUUGGAGGACCUGCAUGACCAAAUGGAAAGAGAACUGAUGAUGCUGGGGGUGGCAGCUAUUGAGGACCGUCUACAGGAAGGAGUCCCAGAGACCAUUUCUAGCCUCCGACGCGCAGGGGUGAAAGUGUGGGUGCUGACCGGAGAUAAGACUGAAACCGCCGUGAAUGUGGGAUAUGCCUGCAAGUUGGUGGAUGCAGAUACAAAAAUUUUUCAAGGGAAUGAGCUCAGAGAUAUUCUUUAUUCUCCCAGCCUAGAAUUAUGUCGUAAUAAGGGAAAAGUGUCCUAUGUUUGGAGCACACACACACAGUCUCAGUGGAGUAAAGCUGCCAUUGUUGUUGAUGGAUUUGAACUUGAAGAACUGAUCAAGACACCAGAGUUGGGUGCAAAGUUUGUGUCUUUGUGCAACCAGUGCCAAUCAGUGCUGUGUUGUCGUGUCACCCCGGGGCAGAAAGCAGAAAUUGUAGAGCUGGUGAAGAAGUUUGCUUCCUCCAUCACAAUGGCGAUAGGAGAUGGUGCCAAUGAUGUGAAUAUGAUUAAAAUGGCACAUAUAGGGGUUGGUAUAUACGGUGUAGAAGAUGGUCAGGCAGUACAGAAUGCAGACUAUUCACUAGCACAGUUUCGCUUCUUGAACAGACUGCUGCUGGUUCAUGGCCAGUGGUCUUACCACCGCAUCUGCAGCUUUUUGAGUUACUUCCUGUAUAAAACCACUUCCUUUGCCCUGGUGAACAUCUGGUUCAGCUUUUUCAAUGGCUUCAGUGCCCAGCUUAUGUAUGAGAGCUGGUUUAUUUCCCUCUACUCCAUCUUGUACACAUCCCUACCUGUUCAGUGCUUGGGUUUAUUUGAACAGAACAUAAGCGCUGAGAGCUGUCUUCGCUGGCCAGAGCUCUACAUGACUGGACAGAGACAGGAGCUUUUCAACCCCCUCACCAUAUGCGCGACAAUGCUCUACUCCAUUUACACCUCCGUCAUCCUCUUCUUCUUGCCCUUUGGCGUUUUUCAGGACUCAGACACAGACUAUCAGACGUUGGCUGUUACUGUGGAAAUGUCAGCUGUUUUCUUAGUUACUUUGGAGAUCAGUCUACGCACUAAAUACUGGACCAAGUACAAUUUUGCUGCAGUUUUUGUCAGUCUGGUUCUGUUUUUCCUGUCCACCAUUGUCCUUCAUAGCCCUCGUCUGUUUACAGGGUCUCCCAAAGACUACAGUUUCUUUGGAGCUUCAUUAAAUGCCUUCACACUUCCUGUUGUAUGGUUGACAUCAUUCCUAACCAGCUGCACCGCUGUCUUGCCCUCGAUUACAAGACGAGCUCUGAAUGUGAUCAUGGUAAACCCCAACAAACACAAGGUUCAUUCGGUAAAGGAGCCAGUUGAACUACAAUCAUGGAUCAGGAACAACUCUCCUCAACAUUUGUCCUAACCAGUCCUUGAGGCCGUAAGGAGUCUUGUCUGGAGGAGACAGGAAGGAUAAACAUAUGAGGAAACUAAAAAUACUGUAUGUAAAAAUACCCUCCAGGAAUAUUAGCAUGAUAUUAUCUAAGGCAGGCAAUAGAUUUGUCAGCUUAUUUGAAGGUACAGUAUAUCAUCGUCUUUUUAAAACAUACUUCUAAAUUAUUCAGAAUGGCAUUUUUUUCUUCUUGAGACGUUUUCCUCAUCCAGCUUCAUGAAAUAAAUAAAAAAAUAAAGUGCUAAAUAAUCUCAUACACAAUCAGCAGAACAUGAACAACAUUUGUAUAACAUUUGUACAUUUUACUCUGCCUGAAAAAUUUUAUAAUAUGUAUCUGACCCGGGGAGCACGGUGGCAUAGUGGUUAGCACAUUCGCCUCACACCUCCAGGGUUGGGGGUUCGAUUCCCGCCUCCGCCUUGUGUGUGUGUGUGUGCCCUGCGAUGGGUUGGCACUCUGUCCAGGUUGUAUCCUGCGUUGAUGCCCAAUGACGCCUGAGAUAGGCACAGGCUCCCCGUGACCCGAGGUAGUUCAGAUAAGCGGUAGAAAAUGAAUGAAUGUGUCUGACCCAGCAGCAGUGAUCAUAAAGCAAAUGAUAUUUCUUUUAACUUUUUUUAUUUUUUACUUUUGUAUCAUUUACACCCACAUUUGGAAAAGUAUCAGUUUUAAAUUGAAUAUUUGAGAUAGUAUAUAAAUAUAUCGAGCAAUUAAUUUUUUUAAAUUUAUUUUUUAUACCUUGCAACCUUACAUUUCAUACAUGUCAAUUCGGCAGAUUCCUACCAGUCAAAUUAUAACUAUAAAAAAGAGAUAUGUUUUUUAGACACAAGAUUAAACAAAUACCCAAUUCAAAUCCAAUUAUUUGUCACAUACACAUACAUAGUACGACAUGCAGUGAAAUGCUUUUUAGGUCUGUCCGGUAUUCAAGCAUGGAAUUGAGGAUAAAAAUUAAACCAAAAGGACGUAGAUAAAUAAAAAAGUAUAAACUAUAUAAAAACUAUAUAAAAUAUGAAAAUAUAUGUGAAAAAUAUAUGUAUAUACAUAAAUGCAUAUAGAUGCAAUUAGCUGAUACGCCACUCUUUUUACUGAGCCAUAAAGAGGAUGAGUUUUUUUUUAUCUAAUCUUAAAAUAAAACAACUGUGAAAUGUGAACAAUCAGCUGCACUUGGGAAAGGUACGAUACUCCAGUUAAACACGUGAUGUUAACAUUUCCCGUAUUACAUAUUUAUUUUAGAAAUAUAAAUGACUCAUGGUUGCUAGGAGACAGUCAAUGACUCGAUAGUUUUCCCUAAACCUCAGAUCUUAUUUAGAUUAGGUUAUAUUUUUGGAUUUUUCCACCUUUUAGAUGUAUUGGGAGAAAUAAAUCCUGUUGCCUUAAAAAUUUGAUUUUAAAAUUCAAAUAUUUUUACGACUUAAAGGCAGGGUCUCUGAUGUUUGAAAGUCAAUAUUGACAUAUAAAAUCACCAAAACAAACACGCCCCUAACCCAAAUGGG